CGCCCACGCACUGCCCGCCGCACCUUGCCGCCCGCGACGCGCCAGUCAGCAGCUGUGGCUCGUGUUGGCUGAACCAUCAGAUAGGGCCAUCCUCUUUUCUCUUGCCUUAGGACACCAGAACAAACACAAUCACAAUGGCGGAUGAUGAAAAAAAGCGUCUCGAGGAGGCGAAGAAGGCCAAACAGGCCGAGAUCGACCGCAAGCGCGCUGAGGUGCGCAAGCGCAUGGAGGAGGCCUCCAAGGCCAAGAAGGCGAAGAAGGGUUUCAUGACACCGGAGAGGAAGAAGAAGCUCAGGUUGCUGCUGCGUAAGAAAGCCGCUGAGGAGCUGAAGAAGGAACAGGAACGCAAAGCCGCCGAGAGGAGGCGCAUCAUCGAGGAGAGGUGCGGUAAACCCAAGAACAUCGAAGAUGCCAACGAAGCAAUGCUCAAGAGAAUAAUACAGGAGUAUUAUGACCGCAUGUAUGUGUGUGAGGGCCAGAAGUGGGAUUUGGAACAUGAAGUCAGGAAAAGAGAUUAUGAGAUCUCCGACCUGAACUCUCAAGUCAACGACCUUAGAGGCAAAUUCGUCAAACCUACGCUAAAGAAGGUGUCCAAAUACGAGAACAAAUUCGCCAAGCUCCAGAAGAAGGCCGCCGAGUUCAACUUCCGUAACCAACUCAAGGUCGUCAAAAAGAAGGAGUUCACCCUUGAAGAGGAAGACAAAGAGGGCGGUGCUGGAGGAAAGAAAAAGCCAGACUGGUCCAAGGGCAAGCCAGGAGAUCAGAAGGUAAAAGAGGAAGAAGUUGAGGCAUGAAGUUCUACUUAAUAACUUAAUUGUAUCCUAAGACCAGUGUCUCCAGCCAGAACGAUCCACCUGUUCCAUGACCAUACUCCUCCUACCACGAGGCCGAUGUGUUAUCAGUUAUCUGCCUGGCAUAUUCCUCCAUUAUGUAUUGUCCGAAAAUGCCAGCCUUUCGAACAACACAACUUUUAUAUUUAUUUAUUAAAGUAAUGUUUUUUUAAGAUACGUUUAAUAAAUUAAUUUUCUGUAUUA